AUGGCACCAUUCAAAGUGAUCAUCAUCGGCUCCGGACUCGCGGGCAAUCUGUUAGCAAACGGCCUCAUCAACAAUAACGUCGAUGUGGAGGUCUAUGAACGUCUGGCGCGAGAUGCCAAACGGGAAGGCUACCAGAUUCGACUUGGGGAGAACGCUCUUAUAGGUCUUCGUGCGUGUCUGACACCAGAACGAAAGCAGGCGAUCAUAACCAAGUUUGGUCGCAGCAACGGCAAAUUCGCUGCGGCUCCUAUCAUGUACAAUGGAAACUUUGAGCAGACUCUAGAUUUGAACAGAUUUCCUAACUACGAAAAGUCUGCAGCCAUUAGUCGCAAAAUCCUACGCGACCUGCUUGCAGAACCGGUCGAUGAAGCAGGCCGUCUUUUCUAUGGCAAGGGCAUCAAGGAUUAUUCUGUGAUAAAUGCUGGUGCCGAUAACGAGAAAGUCCGGGUCCGAUUUGAAGAUAAUAGUACGAGCGAUUGCGAUAUCCUCAUUGCCGCUGAUGGAGCACACUCCAAGAUCAAUGGACUGAUUGGCUUGGAUAACCUCAUUACAUUGACAUCACAUAUGAGUUUCUUGGCUAAGAGUGAUCUCCCAACGGAAAGUUAUCUUCGAGGCGACAAGGUGUUUUGGAGAGCACCCAUAGGAGUGUUAUGGGGCAAGCGAGCAAUGUACUAUUGCGCAUAUCUCCCAGAUCAAGUUCGAUUGAAUGCAGAUACGGCCGACUCUGGUGAUGCAAAACAGCUUCCGCAAUAUGACCAGUCGAUUUCUUCGUGUUUCUUUGCCUACGCGGCUCCAGUGGGUGAGGUUCCAGACGAUAUCAAGGGAUGGUCAACCGAACAACAGUGGAAAUGGAUUGAAAGAGAUAUGGGUGCACAUUGGUGUACAAAGUACCAUCGCACCACCAGUCAAGAAAUCGCUCAGCUACUGCACGGCGCGGAGCUUUACAUUUACCAGGGACGAGUGAGCCAGCGGCCAUCAGCUAAAUGGCGUCAGAAUGUUCAAAACGAAUCAAUACCAGAAAGAGGACAUCCGAGGGUGUUGCUGAUUGGUGAUUCGAUACACGCCAUGAUGCCGAGUCUAGGUAUGGGAGGGAACCAAGCUAUGAGAGAUACCGCAACGUUGCUACCAAUCCUAGUUCAACUGAACGAGAAGGCGAAGUCCGGAAUCGUAGGCCGUACCGAUGUCGAAACUGCUUGUCGGGAGUACGAAAAGGAAAUGAUGCCACGCGCUUUUGGAUGGGUUGACCGCAGUGGUGGUACAACGGCCUUCUCUGAGGACCCGUCAACGUGGACGGGGUGGCUUAAGUUGAAGUGGAUAGGCGUGCUACUGGACAUUGCCUACAACGUACAGAGGCUUACUAGCCUGUUCUACACACCAGUAUACACUGGCGACGCCCCUGAGUUCCAAGGUUGA